AACAAGUUCUAAUGUCUGGAAGUUGAAGCCAAAUGCAGACAAGAAAUAAGGUGCAAUUGUUUAAUACUGAGGGUUAUUAACCAGUGGAAAAACUUACUAAUUUUUAAAUCAAGAUUGGAUAUUUUUGGAAACCAUAUGAACUAGUUCAGGCAGGAAUUAAUUCAAGGAAGUUCUAUGGCUUGUGUUAUAGAGGAGGUGGGACUAGGCAAUCACAAUUGUCCCUCCUGGCCAUGUAAUGGAUGAAUCAAUGCAAAGCUUCCCCAUGGAGACAAGCCCUGGCCUAAACCUAUUUGGAAUUCAAUGUAGAACUUGCCUGCACAGGAAGUAAAUGAAGCAUCCUUCUCUGUGAAUGACCAUAAAGGGGUUUAAUGUGCUUUAAAUUCACACCUGUAGCCAAGUGGAUUUAAUUUCCCCUCCAGACAAGCCCUGUGAGUUAAUUCAGUGCAAUUUCUGUGUGUAGACCAGUUCGCUGCCUGUCUCUGUCUUGUUUAGGGCUGCCGUUUUGGUUAGACUAGUCCAGGAGGUUUACCUCCGGUGUGGAGCUGUUUGUGUCGUUACACCGGCUCUGGUUCGUUUUGUUAGUUGCUGCCACCAGAGGGCCCACUGUUAAAAGAGGAGAAGCUGGACUCGUUUUCUUGCUCUCUGGCUCUGCUGAAUUUCCUGGGUCAAGUUGUUGCUGCUGCUUCCUUCCCUUGUUGUGACUGGGAGCCCGGGCUGAGCCGCCGCUGCUCCCCAGCGGGUCUGUGCGGGGAGAGACCUGCACUAACCUCUCUCUGUGCCCAGCCUGGGGGGACUUUCUUCGGGGGCUGCAACCAGCCCCUGGGGCAGCCCCGGGCUCUGCCGACACCAGCCCCUGAGCCGGAGCCUGCAGGUGAGGGGAGAGACCCGGGGGAAAGGGCUGGGGCCGGUGUGAGCUGUUUGCGUCGUUACACCGGGCAGGAAAGUGACUUUGCACCAAUGGCCCCUGGGAAGCUGCUCGAUGAGAGAAAUCCCAGGGAGGGGGGAGUCUUGGGGGGUUUGCAUUUUAAAAAUCUGGCCCCCUAGACAAGCCAGGAGGAGCCACUUGCGCUUUGCAGGGCUGGGGAAAUCUCCCCAGUAUUCCAGUGCGGAUAGGGAUGGGUUUGCUGUGUCAAACGUGUCCGGUCUAAAGUGACUUGGCCUGGUUGGGUUGGUAUAAACAUUUCCACACCGACCCCCUUCCCUGUAACUAAUGGGAUAGAUCCCUGGGAAGGCUCAGCCGCCCCCCCCCCCCCCACUGCAUUUAUCAUCUGCGCAAAGUGACUCACACGGGCUCCAGAUGUCUGUGGGACAAGAGGCUUCUGGGCAUUCAGCUGCUGCAGAAAUAUUUGUGCUUCCAAAAUGCGUGUGUUUCUCUGAAGAGCCAAGGCGAGUUAGAGAGAGACAAGCUUUUGGGCUCACCCAGAAGCUCCUCUUCAGGGCAGGGAAUGAACUUGGGAGCAUCACAGCUAAAUACAAGGUGGAACGGAUUGUUUCACGCUGCAGAAUAACAUCCGUCCAGUCUGGCCACGUCAUCCCAGAAGCGAAAUGGCUUUAGCACAGCAUAUUCAGAUGCCCAUGACCUUUGAGGACGUGGCUGUGUAUUUCACCAAGGAGGAAUGGGCGCUGUUGGACCUGGGUCAGCGAGCCCUCUACAGAGACGUCAUGCAGGAGAACUAUGAGAACGUGACUUCACUGGGAUUUCUGAUGUCCAGACCUGACUUGAUCUGUCAGCUGGAACAAGGGGAAGAGACAUGGGUCCCAGAUCUCCAGGGCUUGGAGGAAAGGGGGAUCCGGAGAGGUGCCUGCACAGGGACUGACUCUGGUCUGGAUUCUCUCCCUAUCCCAGCAGGUGACAAGAUCUUGUGUAAGAACGAGGGGGAGAAUCCUCAGCAGGAAGGGCCUGCACAAGUGGAACCACACAGGACGGUAUUGGGAGGAUCCAGAGGAAAUGUUCCUGCACAGGGAGAAGCUGGUGGGAGUCAGAAUGGAUCAAAGAGGCAGAAGGAAAAGGACUCAGGGAAGGGACAAAGUAAAUCCACUUCCCAUGAGGGUGGUUCCAGAGAUAGCAACAAAACCACGGUCCAGCAGACUGGAGAGAUGCAGAAAAUAUGCAUAGACUGCGGGAAAAUCUUCAGUUGCAUCUCGCACCUCAUUAGACACCAGAGAACCCACACUGGUGAGAGACCCUUUAAAUGCCCUGACUGCGGGAAAGGCUUCGGUCGGAGCUCGCACCUGGUUGUACAUGAGCGGAUCCACACGGGAGAGAGACCAUACAAGUGUGACGAAUGCGAGAAAAGCUUCAAUCAGAGCCCACACCUUAUUAGACACCAGAAACUCCACCUGAUGGAGAGACGCUGUAAACUACCUGCCUGGAAUGGAGUGAAUACCGCAUUUCCCAGUUCCUUGAGUAUCCAGCUGCCUAUCGCUGGGAUCAGGGGGCAGCUGCAGGUGCCUCCGGGCUGCUCGGUGAAUCUCUGGCUCUGCCUCCUGUAGCAAACCGCAGGCAGAGGAGGAGAAGCCCUGAUCAGUUUUUCCUCAUUGCUGUGCUGCCAGGCCCCUCUGCCACUUGCCAGCCAGGUGGUGGUCAGGAAAAGAAGAACCCAACUCCUAUAGACACUCAUCUCUGGGGACUCAAAUCCCUUUCCACUAACCAAUUCCUUGAGCUAAGCCACCUUUCUCAGGGCAGAGACCUGUCUCUGCACCAUCCUCUGGGACUUGAGCUGGGCCUCCCCCCGCUUACCGGCGUUCAUGUGGGGUGGGUGCCCCAGAGGCCCUUCCCUUGCAGGCUUUCGGAGGAAACCAGGGAGAUCAACUGUUCGGGGGACUAGGAGAGGAAGAAUGGGCAGGGAACGGGUUGCUGGGAGUUUGAAUCAGGUGAUUGAAUUAGCAAGUGAUCAAGUGCUGAGACGGGAUAACUCUGCACUAUUUGGCCAGAGCUCAUUGCUGCAAAGAGGAACACCAGCUCUAAGGAAAGGAACAAGGUGUUGUGUGCCAGGAUCACGGUUACUGUGUGCAAUAAUCUUCCCACCCCGUGAGCCACCAGCAGCUCUGAGACCAGCACUUAGGCAUUUCAGUCAGUCAGUGCAGAGUCGCAGCUCCAAGGAGUCGAUUUCUGAUGUUGGGUUAAAAUGACCUCAGAGCACCCUGGGCUAAAAGGGUAACUCAAGAAUGACAGCGCGGGGGGUUCCUCACUGGGAAUCUUCGAGAGAAAGUAGAGACCAGUCAUUUCCUAUGUGUAUUUGGGGUUUGCAACAAGCAGUGGGUGUUGGGAAAGGAAUGUGUGGCUUAUAUUUAUCUCUGGGGAACUCACUGGGGUAUUUAACAGUAAUUAUGCCGAUUCUUUGGAAUGUCUAAAAUUAGUGACUAGUAUGGGUCACUGACAGUCCAGAUCUUUGCCCCUCCCUGUGUCCUUCCCAAACGAGCAGAGUGAGGCUCAGUGAGGGGUCCCGCUGUGAUGCCAUUCUGCUCACUGGGGAAUGGGAUUGAUUCUUUGAUACCAGUUGCCCAUUUCAGGUGACGUUUCACCCCCUCUGCACUAGUUACUCCCUCUCCCAGAACACUCUCUCUGUCACACUUUUUUAUUUCUAUUUCGGUAAAUAAAACCUGCACUUACA